GUUAGGUCAUCAUUUUGCGACGGAAUUUAGAAAUGGCGGUCGAGAUAGGAGAACGAUGGAAACAAGAACUCCCUAAUCACGAUAUCUUCAGUAUAUUACAAGACAAAUUUAGUUCGGAAUAUCAGGCAAAUAAAAGAUCUAAAAAUCUCACAUUCUGUGUAGAUAGAGAUUUCUUUAUUUGGGAUGAUGCAGAUUGUGUCUUCUACGCAACAAACCUGGGGGAGCUGAACGUCGAAGAGGGGCUGAACAGCUCAAAGCACCAAACUCUGCUUUGUAUCAACCCUCCUAUGUUUGAAGUGUGUGAAGUGCUGCUGAGUCCCACGCAAUCCCACGUAGCCCUCGUAGGUCAACGGGGCAUCACGGUCCUCGAACUGCCCCAACGCUGGGGUAAGAAAUCCGAAUUUGAGGGUGGACGAAUCAAAAUCAACUGCAAGACCAUCCCUGUGGCAGAGCGUCUGUUCACCAGUUCAGUGUCAGUCACGCUGCGGCAGGCUGUGUGGUACCCCAGUGAAGCAGAGGAGCCACACCUGGUGCUGCUGACCUCCGACAACACAAUCAGGUUCUACAGCCUUAAAGAACCUCAGAACCCAGCCAAAGUUCUGUCGGUGGCACAGGCAGAGGAUGACAGCCGGACACAGACACGAGGGCGUUCCUACGCAGCCUCUUUGGGUGAGAUCGCCGUGGCUUUUGACUUUGGGUCACGGUCCGAUGCUUCCCGCCUCCUGACCAGCCAGCGUCUCAGAGACGAGGCGAUAGUUUAUCCCCUCUACAUCCUCUAUGAGAACGGAGAGACCUUUCUCAGCUACGUCUCCCUAGCUCACAGUGUGGGUUGCCUGGGAAAGAUCCUCGGCCCUCUUCCUAUGAUUCCCGCUGCGGAGGAUAACUACGGCUACGAUGCCUGUGCAUUGCUCUGUUUACCCUCUACGCCCGGCAUCCUGGUCAUCGCCACGGAAACGGGUACACUGUACCACUGCAUCGUGCUGGAAAGUGAUGAAGACGAAGAUGGUGGUCUUGUGGAGAGGUGGUCCAGGGGCUCUGAGGUGGUGCCCUCUCUGUACGUGUUUGAGUGCGUGGAGCUGGAGCUGACCCUCAAACUGGCCCCCACAGAGGACGAGGAGGUGGUCGAGUCGGACUUCACCUGCCCAAUCAGAUUGCACAGAGAUCCCCUGUGCCAGUACAGGUACCACUGCACGCAUGAGGCAGGUGUGCACAGUGUGGGCCUGACGUGGUUCAGCAAGCUGCGCAAGUUCCUCCAGUCAGAUGAAGAGGACAAGGACAGCCUCCAGGAGUUUGCAGCAGAGCAGAGAUGUGUGGUGGAGCACAUUCUGUGCACUAAGCCUCUUAACAACAGUUUCCCGUCUCCAGUGCGGGGUUUCUGGAUUGUGUCGGACCUCUCUCUGGAUGCCUGCAUGAUCUGCAUCACCAGCUCCUAUGAUUGCCUACUGCUCCCUCUGCUGAGUGCCAUUCGUCCCGCCUCACCCGCUCUGCUGUGCUCCCAGUCAGAGGCGGGGCCUGUGGGCUCUCCUCUGCGUGGAUUGGGCGACGACUCACUGGAGCAGCACAUUCGCACAAUUCUGGCGCGCAGCUCAGCCAAUCCGCUAGCACUUAGGACGGGGGCGAGAGGCGAUUCAUCUUUGACCCCCGAGUGCCUGCAGCUGCUCAGCAGAGCCACGCAGGUGUUCCGGGAGGAGUACAUCCUGAAGCAGAACCUGGCCCGCGAGGAGAUGCAGAGGAGGGUGAAGCUCUUGACGGCUCAGAAGAACAAGCAGCUAGAGGACUUGGCCCUGUGCAGGGAGGACAGGAAAAGUCUUUGUGAAACUGCAGAGCGCUUAGCUGAUAAGUACGAGGAUGCCAAAUACCGGCAGGAUGCCAUCAUGAAAAGAGUAAAGCGUAUCAUGAGCUGCCAGCGCAGUCAGCUUCCGGUGAUGUCCAACAGCGAGAAGGACAUGAAGAAGGAGCUGCAGACCAUCAGUGACCAGCUGCAUCACCUUUGCAAUGGCAUCAAACAGGUAAACAUGAAGAAGGAGUACCAGAUGAAGCAGAUCAGUAAGGUCAAUUCUCCCGCCAGACCCAGCAUAGCACUGAACGUCCAGCAGAGGAAAUAUGUUCAGGGGGUUCUCAAAGAACAGGGUGGACAGAUUGCAGAUAUGAUGAAACAGAUAAAGGAACUGAAGAACCAUGUCAAUUUUUGAAUACAGGGAAGAAAGCAAACUGUUUAUUUUUUGGUUUUAACCAAGCCAGCACUAUAACAACGUGGCUCGUAUCAUGACCAGACUUUGAAGAAGACGGAGCACUCCAUCAUAUUUGUUACAACUGGACGCACACAUUGGCCCAAUCAAGAAAGACACACAUAUUUUCCCCAAGCAGAUCUUGUAGACCUCCGUAGAUUUUUUUCACAGUUUGUACAGAUUUGUGUAUUGUAUAGCUGGAGAUAUUCGGUAUGGUGUUUUUACCCGUGUUAUUUCUCAUUCAAGAGAAAAACACAGUGAACAAAAAAUAAAGAGCUCAUUACUACAAA